CGAGCACGAGGUUAGUCCUGUUCAUCCUGGUUGAGAGGUGUCUCGGCGUGGACGAAGAUUUUUUUCUUCCUGAAUAAACAUGAAAUCAUCACAGCUGGAGGAUGUCACCACAUAAUUGAACGUCAAAAUCUCUUAGAGAGAUGGAGGGGCCCGUGGAGGAGAGAUUGUGUGGGAAAAUGAAGAUUGGCUGUGGUUUGCACAGAUACAACCUGAGAGAUGUUUUCACGUGGAGUCUGCUGAAGACUAUACUCAUGGGUCAGGUCCUCUCACUGCUGAUAUGUGGGACAGCAGUCAGCUGUGAGUACCUGACUCAUGCCAAAGUGGAGACACCCAUGCUGCAGAGCUUCCUCAACUACGCCCUCCUGCUGUUCACCUACACAACAUACCUCAGCACCCGCAAAGGUGACAGGAACAUCCUACAGAUUUUAAAAACCAACUGGUGGAAGUAUUUGGGGAUGGCUAUAGCAGACGUUGAGGCGAACUACGCAGUAGUGAAGGCGUACCAGUUUACCACGCUGACAAGUAUACAGCUGCUGGACUGCUUUGUGAUCCCGGUUCUGAUGUUACUUUCUUGGUUUUUUCUGAAGACUCGAUAUCGGGUGAUCCACUUUGUAGCUGUAGCAGUGUGUUUGUUGGGGGUGGGGGCCAUGGUAGGAGCUGACAUUCUGGCUGGAAGAGACCAGGGAUCCACCAGUGAUGUACUGUUGGGUGAUGGGUUGGUCCUGCUCAGCGCCGUCCUCUACGCCAUAUCCAACAUGUGCCAAGAGCACACAGUGAAGAACUUGAGCAGAGUUGAAUUCCUGGGCAUGAUGGGCCUGUUUGGGACUCUCAUCAGCGGUGUACAACUUGUUGUGCUGGAAACACGUGCAGUAGGAGAAAUCAAGUGGGAUGUUCACAUCUCCAUGCUGUUUGUAGUCUACACCUUGUGCAUGUACGCUUUAUACAGCUUCAUGCCUGUAGUGGUGAAGAUGACGAGCGCCACAGCAGUGAACCUCUCUCUGCUCACCGCUGACCUCUUCAGCCUCUUCUGUGGCCUCUUUCUCUUCAUGUACAAGUUUUCAGCCCUGUACAUCGUCUCAUUUGUUGUCAUCACCGUGGGUUUUAUCAUGUUCAACGCUGUCCCAACAUACUCAGUUUUACCCGAAGAGCCUGCUGAAGCUUCUGAUGACCCCGAGGCUCAAAGCUCCUCAGACCAGCUGCUGCUGUCUGCAGACAAUGACACUCAGAGAACCGAGACACUCACAGCCAACGAUACACCAUGACUGAAGAAUGACAUCUUUUGUUUCCUACUGUAGGUCAGUGGAUGACGGCCAGUUUUACUCUUUUUACUUCAAUAUUGUUACAGAAGUUGAGCUUUUAUGCACUAAGCCAGAGACUACCUGUGUGUGCUCAGUUCAAAAUAGAUGAAGAGAGAUUGAGAGGUCAAAAAACCGUGUGGCUCCACUCUCUUCUUGCCAAACUUCCUGUCUGCACCAGACUAUCAGAAUAAAAGUAUACAUUUUAAGCACAAGAAAUCAGACUGCAUCUAGGGUCCUACAGUUGUAUUGCCACAUUUUCAUUAAUGCUGUAGCAUUUUUAUAGAAUAUUGCCUGUUGCUUCCCUUGAAGUUGUCAGAGUUUUAUUGUGUCUAUUUUCAGUUCCAUGUUUUUAUUCUUUAGCUUGGUGUGAUCCACAGUUCAGAAUCAUCCUUUUUUUUUAAAAUCUUAUUGUGGGCGUUAGCACAAUGCUGUAUAAAUGAAAUCGGAUUGAACUGAAUAGCACAGCCCUUCACUUCAUCCACUGUCUAAAACAAAGUGUUUAGGCUCCUCCCCAUUUAAGCCAAUUUUCUUCUGAUUGGCUGCCCCUCAGAUACAAAGUGCUAACAACUGGUAGGCGGAGCUUCUGUAUUCAGAGUCUUUGUAGUGUACCUGGGAUGACCAUGUUAGGAGUACCUCCUCUGAUAAACAGAGCCUUAAUUUAGACUUUAGUUAUUUUUAAUUUGAGCAUAUUUACAGAAUAUCAUCACAGACAAAAGGAAAAGCAUAAUAGGUCCCCUGUAAGAUUUAUUUUUGCGGUUUUCUCCUUUAUUUAAUAAACAGAGAAAAGGGGUUAAAGAGGGUGGGUCAGUUGACGUCAACUUUCACUCCCGCUGCUUAUUGUUUGAUUAUUGAUUUUUGUUUGUUUUCUUUUUUGUUUAAUAAAAUGUCGCCAUAUUUCAUGUUUUGUUUUUGUUGUUUCUUCACCUCUACAGUCCACAGUUUUACAGUCCUUUGAGUUACAUGGUUGCAUGCAGACAAAUGACUUAGCUCAUUUAGUUGUCUCCUCUGAUGCUGUUACAGUUUUUAUACUCAUGUCAUUUGGCAAUCUACAAACUGCAUCAUGGCUCUCUUGCACCCAGAGUUUUACUUUUUUACUAUUAAAAUAUUUUUUGAAA